AUAACUUCAAAAUGGCCAAACUAGACGUCACCCCCCUCAAACAACCCGUCGCCAUCCGCCCAGAACACAUCGCCACAUCCACCACAUCUCUCCGCGUGGCACAGCAUAAAAGCCUCUCCGGCGCGGACUUUACAAUCUCAACAUCCCCAGACACCGCCACCUCUUCAGAAACACCAUCAACAAAGCUAUUCUCCGUCGACGGCCACAUCGCCUCAUGGCGUCAACGCCGCCACUUCCGCGACGCAUCCGGUCUCCCCCUCUUCGAACUCACCCGUAAAUCAGCCGGCGUGACAUGGUACGUCAGGCUACCCGGCGACGACACAGACGCGCAACCCAUCGCGACGAUCGCGACACGAUCCAGCGUCCUCAAGGAUAAAUUCGACGUUCAUCUCCUCAAUGCUGCGGCGAAUGGGGAAGAGGUCGUUUUGGAAGUCCGUGGGCAGGAUGUCUGGAAACUCCGGACGAAUGUCUAUGUCAACGGAGCGAUGGUGAUGACGGCCAAGAGGACGGAUAAGCUGUCGGCUUAUGUCCCUGGGAAAACGCUGGAGUGGGAUGUGGAUGUUGCAGAGGGGUUGGAUGCUUCGCUGGCAUCGGUUAUUGUAGUUCUGCUAGGGGUGUUGAUGUACCAGAGCAGUUAUCCAUCGUCUUUCUCUGGUGAGGCAUCUGAUAGCAAGGCAUCGUGACGUCUUCUAUGGAUAAGUUCAUUUAUAUAGUUCAAUGUAUUUCCUAGACGAACUUAAUAUACACUUGGGUUAUUCUGUC